CGCGAAACCCGAACUCAACCUCCAUCAUGUUCGCAACACAACCCCCCCUCAACCCCAUUCCGCCAAACACGCCACUACAGUCCUGCGCGCCCAUCCCCUCUAGGGCCGCGCAGCACAAACAUCUCCACUCCUCCCUGGACAAUGGACUCUCCUACCUUCGGAUGUCCGCAAAGCCAAGCGCAAAAGCCAUCCGGUCUUAACGCAGACACAUCCUUCUCUCCAUCUCCGGUCUCAUUCUCGCUAAAUAAUAAUUCCCAGCCUCAACAGGCUACUCGCCAACAUUUCUCUUCCCCUAUCUUCAAUACUGCCGCUGCCCCUGCUACACCUUUAUUCUUCUCGCCGAAUUUGCCAUCAACCUCGAACUCGAACCCCUUCUCACCGGCUUCUCCGUCACCAGCAACUCGGGGUAGCAAAUUCGCGGAUCGGUAUGCGGCGCAGGUAGCUAAUCCGAUGAAGAGCUCUGCAUCGCUUGCUCGCUCGAAGACGCGGAAAAUGUUCCUGAAUCGCGUGCGCAAUGAGCGUGAUGAGGGUCGAUUCGAGGCAAGAGGGGAACAGAUGAUGAGGGCUGAUUACAUGGCUGAGAAGCGGCGGUGGGAGCAAUCCAUGGCUAGGGAUAUGGAUCGAGUUCAGGGAUCGAAUGAGAUGCUGGAGGAUGAUAUGCUUCCUGACGAGUCUGAGAUUCGUGCGCUGGAUGAAUUUAUCUCCCAGGAAGAGGCGAUAGAGAUGGCAAUGUAUGAGAGUAUGUCUCAGCAGGAUACGUCUUUCAGUGAUGCUGAGUAUGAUGAUAUCUUCAUGACGAUGCCCGGCCCUGCGCUAGCGCAUCAGAGUCCGGAUAUGGAUAUGUCAUGA